UUCAGGGCAAGCAGCCUCAACAAAUCAGUUCUCUGUGAAGCUGCUAAAGGAUCUUAUCUAAACCUGUAAUACAGAGGUUUACAAAAAUACAACAGAAUGCUCUGUCUGUAUCUGGAGUCUUCGUAGCCAUAACAUGGGUAUCUUUUCUGUACUUGCUCUACCAUUGCUCCUCUUAGGGAUCAGUGGAAUUAUUUAUAUUUACCAGUCAGUCAGGUGGCUCUUGUCCAAGUCAGCGGUGCAGAACAAGGUAGUGGUGAUCACGGAUGCCAUCUCUGGACUAGGCAAGGAAUGUUCUCGUGUGUUUCACGCAGGAGGAGCAAGGCUUGUGUUGUGUGGCAGGACAUGGGAGAAGUUAGAAGCCUUGUAUGAUGCCUUAAUUAGCGUGACAGACCCCAGCAUGACAUAUGCACCAAAGCUCAUACUCCUGGAUAUCUCAGACAUCAGCUGCAUUCGAGACGUAGCUAAGGAAAUCCUGAACUGCUAUGGCUGUGUGGAUAUACUGAUCAACAAUGCAAGUAUGAAGGUGAAGGGAGCAGUGCAGAGCAUUUCACUGGAACUUGAUAAAAAGAUAAUGGAUGCCAACUAUUUUGGACCUAUAACAUUAACCAAAGCCAUUCUUCCUAACAUGAUCUCAAGAAGAACUGGUCAGAUUGUUCUAAUUAAUAGCAUCCAAGGGAAAAUAGGAAUCCCAUUUCGUGCAGCUUAUGCUGCAUCCAAGCAUGCUGCUGUAGGCUUUUUUGAUUGUCUUCGAGCUGAAAUGGAGGAAUUUGAUAUUUCUGUCAGCACUGUGAAUCCAACCUUCAUCUGUUCAUACCAUCGCCAACCAACACCAGGCAACUGGGAGGCAUCUAUUUGGAAAUUCUUUUUCAGGAAGGUGUCAUACGGCGUGCACCCGGUGGAGGUGGCAGAGGAGGUCCUGCGCACAGUGAGCAGGAAGAAGCAGGAGGUGCUUAUGGCCAAUCCCAUCCCCAGAGCAGCAGUUUACAUUCGAACCUUCUUCCCUGAGCUGUUUUUUGCCAUCGUUGCCUCAGGGAUUAGGGAAAAGCUGAAGACAGAAGAGGAAAAUUGAUUUUGUUCAGUUAUUUUCCUUGCUUUUGACCUGAAAAAAAAAAAAAGGUUUCUGUUUUAAAUGUCAGUGAUUUCUGGUGCUUGCUGUGGGUAGAAUAAAGCCACUAGCAUUGACACACA